AUGCCUGGUGAAAAGUCUGCCAUGUUGAAAGAAGAGUUUUUUUGCCUGUUGCAACAUCAGGAGGGUGAAAAGGAGAAGCAGCAAGUUUGCCAGUCAGUCAUCUUCAUAUUGUGGAUGGCGUGGGAUCAGAACCGGACGAGCCCGGGGCCCGGAGGCGGCUGCCCCCCCGUGGGCAUCCAGCUGGAGGGCGUCAUUCUGCCGCCGGUCCUCACGGUGGACGUGGUUCUGGGCCUGCUGGGGAACACGCUGGCUCUGUGGAUCUUCUGCUUCCGGACCAAGUCGUGGAACCCCAACAACUUGUUCCUCUUCAACCUGGUCGUGGCCGACUUCCUGGCGCUGGUCAGUCUGCCUCUGAGGAUCCACGCCUUGCUCAAAGGCUACUGGGUGUUUGGGGACGCCGUGUGCCGCCUCAACCUCUUCCUCAUGUUCUCCAACCGCACCGCCAGCAUCGCCCUCAUGACCGUGGUGGCGUUGUACCGGUACUUCAAGGUGGUCCACCCGCACACCUGCUUCACCCGCAUGAGCAGGAGCCAGGCCGGGAAGUUGUCGGUGCUGGUGUGGCUGCUGGUGGUCAGUCCCCGCCUGCCAAUGCUGGCCUACGACCACAUCAAGGGCGGCGGCAACGCCACGCAGUGCUUCUUCUUCACGUCCUACAAGGAGGCGUCGCGGGGCAUCCUGGUCCUGGUGGCCGUGCACCGCGUCCUGACCGUGCUGGAGUUCCUGCUCGCCAUGGCCGUGCUGAUCUACUGCUCCGUGCGCAUCUCCCGCGUCCUGAGGGGGCACCAGAUGGGCAGUGCCCACAAGUUGCGGCGGGCCAUGCGGGUGUGCGUGGCCAUCGUGGUGGUCUUCCUGGUGUGCUUCCUGCCCACCACCGUCACCACCGUGGGCGUGUGGGUCAUCCGCUCCUACCGCCCGUGGGACUGCGGCGCCUUCUACACCUUCACGCAGCUCACCAUCGUGUCCCUGGGCCUCAACUUCCUCAACUCCGCCCUGGACCCCGUGGUCUACGUCUUCUCCAGCUCCAUGUUCAGGAGGGCCCUCCUCGGCGCCGCGCCCCGCUGCCUGCGCUGCGGGCGUGACGAGGGGGAGUCCUCUUCUGCGUCCCAGUCCACCAGCCAGCAGGAGCUCAAGUCUCUGAGGACCAGCAGAGUCAGUGAAGCCACCUGAGGAACAACAAACUGUAUUUGCCCACAACACAAAACUCAUCAGGACCAUCUUUGUCACUUCAGUCUCCUCUCCUGGUUUUACAAGACGGAGUGGACUUCAUCGCCCUCUAAUGGACACACUGCUCAACUGCAGGCUCCUUAGUUCCACUACACUGUCCAAACUAAAAACUCUUAUUUUGAUGGUUUUCAUUUCCAAAACCAACUUAAUAUACUUUUUUACCCUCUCCCUCCCUUGAAGUUUGGUCAUAAAAAUGUUCUAAAUAUUUAUUUAUCUUCCAGUUCUUAAAUCUCUCCAUCAGUUUCAGAUCUAUCAGUCGUUAUAAAGUUAAAUUUGUUUAUGUCUCUUUUUAUUUAAGAAAAUCCUGUUUUAUUGUGGCAGACACACAAAAUAUGCAAUUGUAUUUCCUCCCCCAAAAAUGUUGAAAUUGUAAUAUUUGAUGUGAUGUAAUCGGAGUCUUAAAUAUGUCAAUAAUUCUUAACAUUGAUUUUGAUUCAUUAUUAUUUUUUGAGCAAUGAGAGUUUUAAACAAAAAUCCCACAAAAAUUCUUAUGGAUCCAAAAAUAAGUUAUUUAUAUUUUUUUUAAAUGGUAUUUUUUCUUCCUCUAACGCUUAAAUCUUUUAAUCCACUUCCGGUCUAGCCGUUGAUUAUACGUUUUUAUUAUUUUUUUAUGUUUUUAAUGCCUUUUUUGUCAGAGAAACCUUUGUUUUUUUAUGGUAAACACACAAAAUAUGCAAUAUUUUCCCCAAAACUAUUUCAAAGUGUAAAGUAAUUGAAGCUUUAAAUAUGUCAAUAAUUUCUAACAUUGAUUUUGAUUCAUCAU